AUUAAUCGGAAACAUCAUUUUCUAUCGGCUGAUUAAUUGUUGUGAUUACAUUGUAUUUGGAAAGGUGAACUGAGAAUUUUUUAAUUCAGUUUCUAUUUUGUCUUUUGUGAAAUUAGGAAAAUUCAUUCUGAUUACCUUUAAUUGUUCACUAUGGGAAAACUAAAGUUCCGUGACUAUGUAGAGUUGAUUAAGUUACUUCGAAUCGAUGUUUUCUUCCUUUUAGCAGUUUUCGGUGCUUACAUGCCCUCGGUUACCGUUAAUCAACUUGCUCAAGAUAAAUUUUGUAUCAACACUUAUUCGGUUAAUCAAUCGAUUUGUAUGAACCUUGAAAAUUCAGGAACUGAUUAUGAAUCGCUACGAAAUAAAGUCUUAGAAAAAGGAACUACCCUGAAAAUGUACACAACAAUUAUAACUUCACUUCCUGGAUUUUUUUUCGCUCUAGUUUUGGGCUAUUGGAUGGACACUUAUCCAGGCCACAUUCGCUAUCUUCUGGGAAUGGUUCCAUUUAGCAUGGUUAUACAAAAUCUCAUAAUAAUCUAUCAGUGUUUCCAUUUCGAAAUAGCACCAAUUUCUUUGUUAUAUGCAUACAUUGCACCCGCUUUGAGUGGUAGUCUGGUGGUUAUCAUGACGGGCAGUUACACUUACACUACUCGUAAAACUCCGGCCAAAUAUCGAGCCUUGCGAUUUGCAAUUUUGGAACUUUUUCUAUUCGUAGCGAUUCCAUUGUCAACAAUUGUCGGUGGAGCUGUACUUGCAAUGGAACCUUGGUUCCCAAACCAACCUCGUAAUUAUAUCGGCGUCUUCUUGGUCUCAACGAUUAGUGCUACAUUCGCUGGGAUUUGGGUUUGUGUUUUACUUGAUGAUGCCGAGGGACAUGAUCCAGGAAAUGAAAAAGUAGAAAAGGAAACUAGAGAAGAUGGUGAAGAGAGUGAGGGUAAAGAUGAACACGACUUGAAACGUAAAGCCAAACAAUGUGAUCGAGGACAAAAAACCGCACGUGAGAUUUUUCUAGAUAUUUUCAACGUUCGCAAUAUAUUGAGUACCUUUUAUACUGCAUUCAAAAGAAGAGAUCACAAUGGACGAUUUUGUCUGCACCUUAUCAUGGUUUCAAUGGCGGUUUGUAUGAUCGGUUACAUGGGAGAAAACUCGAUUGGUUUUCAAUAUUCCCAGAGAGUGUACAAGUGGAGUGCCGAAUACUAUUCCUACAUGUCAGCGUCAAUCAUUUCUAUUCCCGCCAUUGUGACCGUAGUUACUCCCCCAAUUUUGCUACAUAAAUUUCAUCUUCAUGAUACAGCGAUAGGUAUACUUGGCAGUGUUUCUCUUGCUGCUUCCAUGUUUGCUAGAGGUUUAGUUCUGAGUGCUCCAGGAUUUUUCAUUGGUGUUGUUUUUGGAUCGUUUGUAGGACUUUUACCGAUUGCAAAUCGAUCCAUAAUUUCAAGAAUCAUCCGUAUAAAUGAGAUUGGACAAAUUUAUGCUAUUCUUUCGUGUAUCGAAUCGGCUGGUCCUUUAAUUUCUUCCGUUUUUUAUUCUAAAAUUUUCAAUGCAACUAUUGAGAACUCUCCAGGUACUGUUUACAUUGCUGCUGGUUUUGUUGUCGUCUUUCCUGCCUCUGUAAUGAUUUGGCUAUAUUACACUCGAAAUACUUGGGAUCUUGUACUUCGUGCAGAGGCCGAGGCCAAAGCCACAAAAGAACCACAAGACUCCACUUGUCAGUCAAAAUCUGAGUCUUCUGAUAGUGACGAUUAUCACAACAAAUCGACUCCAAGAGUGCAAAGCAGAGUAAUUUAUCAGAGCCAAGAGAAUAUCGUUACAGUCCAUACCGAUCAUGUUGAAAAGAAUUUCCCUGAUAAAGACUCGAUUAAUUCGGACGAAGACGAUGUUUCUAAACUCGAAUCAACUUCAACUGAUAUUGUUCUUGGAACGGUUGAAAUUGUUAUUGAGAAGACUAAUCAAUGAAGUAAUUGAUUUCAUGACAUGAGAAACUGAGCCACUACUUAAUUGUUAAACUGUUAGCAAAUCUCAUAUUGUUUUUGGUGCAAAAUUGUAAGAUUUUUAUCACUUUGUAAAUCAGACGCUCGUCUUAAUCGAGUAGUUGACACGGAUUUGAAGUUAAACAAUUAUAUCAUGUGUAAAGUAUUGGAAAUUUAAUGAUAGAAAUUAGUAUAGAACAUGUAAAUUGUCAAAUUCCAUCGUAAAAAUAAAGCUCAUUUUUAUAUUCGA